AUGUCUGAUCAUACUAUUGAGAUAACUAAAGAUGUAGAUCAAAAUAAAAUUCAUAUUACAUUUUAGAAUAACAAAGAAAGAGAUGAUCACCUUAAAAAAUCAUAUCUAUAUCAAAUACUGAAAUAAAUCUUUCAUACUAUUUCACAUGAAUUUGGAACUUCAUUAAAUUUUAUGUUAGCGAUAGCCCAAGUUGCAAUAGAUAAAUAUCCAAAUCAAAAGUAUUAUCACUCUUUUCGAAACACAUGUGAAAUCAUGCAUUAUUUCGUACUAGAUAUGGUUGAUUACAAUGAUAUUUUGGGGAAUUAAUUCAAAUUGUAAUUGGAAGAAUUAGAUCUCUAAACAAUUUUGGAGUCAGUUACUACGCUGUUUUAGGAGUAGUGCAGGUAAAAGGACUUAUAAUUGAGUUUUGAAAAUCACAUUCCAGAGAGCUGGUAAAUAAUAUCUGAUCAAAGGAGGAUUAAGUAAAUUUUGAUCCAUUUAAUCUCUAACGCCUAGAAGUUUACUUUAAAGGGUUCAAUUCUCAUAAAGGUGUUAGCCAUUAGAGAUGACUUGAUACAAUUCUCGGUAACAGAUACAGGAAUUGGAAUAAGCUAAAAUGAUGAAUAAAAUCUAAGAAAUAUGUUGGAGUAGGAUUUCAAAGAUGAAUAAUAUUUGUCAUCCAAUACUGCUGGAUUCGGAUUGGGUUGUUAUUUGGCUAAUAAAAUAUGUUUGCAUUUGUCGAAUAAGCAGUUCAAACUUGAAUUCAAGAGGAAUGAAGUAGGAACAACAUUUUGGUUUUAAGUUCAAAAUAAUAUUUUACCUACUCAAAGUAUAGGGAGGAUCUUGGGGAUUUAAUAAAUCAAUAAACAUUCUUACAUAGAUUUGAAGUAAUCCUAAAUAGAGAGGGCAGUUGGAAAGAAGUUGAGCAGAGUGGCCAGUAAGCCAUCGCUCAAUUCAAAAUCAAGAAUUAUGUCCUUCAGAUGUUUAAUUGAUCCUAUAAAGGAUUACACGGAAAGUGUGAUAAAUGAAGAAGUCAAUUCAAUAGAAAGAAAAGCCAGAACUUGUAUCUUGAAUAGGAAUAUCAAAAAGUCAAUGAAAUUUCUGAUAGUUGAUGAUGAGAUCAUUAACAUUAUUGGAUUGCAAUUGAUUUUGAAAAGAAUGAACAUUGAUAUCGAUUAUGUGUUCAAUGGGGUGGAGUGUUUGCGGUAGGUGGAACAGAAGAGGUAUCUUUAUUAAGGGAUCUUCAUGGAUAUCAAUAUGCCUUUGAUGGAUGGAUACGAAACUACUUAGAAAUUGAUUUCUCGUUAUGGAAAUUAAAUUAAGAUUAUUGCUUGUACUGCCUACACUGAUAGUGAAACUAAACAACGUUGUUAUGACAUUGGAAUGAGUUACUUCCUUAACAAGCCAGUGAACAUCGUAGAAUUAUAAAAAAUACUUAUAUAAUUUUAAUAAUGA